CUUUCUCCGACGAUCAUAAUAUGUAUCAUUAACCUCGAAUAUUUGUUGACACUAACGAAGUAAGGAUAGAGGAAAGGUGUAAGAAAGACGUCGCAUGAAUAAAGUGAAAUAUUAAGUGCCAUUCUAAAUAAAUAAAUUGAGAAUAAAAACUCACCGGAGGGAAUUCUUUAUCGUGACGAGUCCAUAGAUUGACACACCGGACUAUGAUCGUCUAUAGGAAUGAAAAAUUUGUGAGGUUAGAUGAUUUUGACAAGCGACCUGACGACAUUGCGCGAUAUUGACCUGCGGUCCAAGAUGGCCACCGAUACUACGCUCGUCGACCGUGAACUAUCGUAUUUUCAAAGAAUUCCGGUUAUUAAUCAAAUAUUCGAUGUACGCUGGAGCCUCGCUCUUACGAUAGAUGCCGAUGGAAGAGAAGAUCGAACUCUUAAAAUGUCUAAAGGAAAAAAUUCGCAACGGGGAAGAUAUGAUAGAUCGACUGAAGAUUAUGGAGGAGGUUAAUGGGGUUGAUAAACUUAUGCGGAAGAUACAGCAAGAGAUAAGAUUCUUAAAAAAGGUACAAUCUACAGGAAAUGUAAAAAAAGAACAUCUACUAAGUACAAAUUUGAUUCACCUUGAUGCAAUGGUGAUGCGUCUAUUUAACUCCAAAGAACCAAUCAGCGUAAUGAAGCCUUUUAAAUACGAAAGAUCAAGAUUGGAGGUAGACAUUGUCUGUAUAAGUGGAGGAUCUUGGGUUAAAGUUAUUGCUAGAAAUGCCAGAGCUCUUACUUUGAUUUCGCUUGGCAAUGGUGAAUAUGGUCAAAAAUCUGUCUUAGAUCAAGCAGAAUCCUAUUUGCAAUGUGCCAAGCACCAUCCACACUUAUACAAGUCACCGGAAAUUGUAUUUUACUUUGCAUACGGCAUAGAAAUAGUAUUAGCAAAACGCUUGGAAUCCAUGGGUAUUGUUGUGGAAGGUGAUAGAAUAAAUAGUCAUGAAAAUGAAAGUAAUGAGAUAGAAACAGAUGAAACUCUAUUGGUUUCCCAUCUUAAUGGAGAGACACAAACUGAAGAAUUCAAAGAAAACCCUGUUCUUGAUAUGGUAAAUUUAAGUCCAGCAACAAUUACAGAGGAAAUUCAAAUUUUGAAUUUAGAUGUUUCAACGUUACUGGCAUAUGUUUCUAAUAUGACAAAUGGAUUUGAUCAUUUUAUAUACAGGGAACCAUUAUUAACGCAACAAGCUGAAAUGGAAAGAAAAAGACCUGUUAAACCUAUAUUAGAUAAAUUAUUUAAAGGAAAAACCUUUGUUAUUUGUCGAACUGCUUAUGACAACUUUAUGAAUAUCAUAGAUGUAAUUGGUGGUCCUAAAGAGACAUUAAGAGCACACGAGUUAUUAAAACGAGUGAAAAUUGUAGAUGAUGUACAAACAGGCAGGAUUAUAGAACAAUUAAGUCUAGGUGGAAAAAUUAAGGAUAGAUCGCGAUUAGUUUUCGCAAGUGGCGAAAGUAUGAAAAGUAUUACUGUUUCUGCAAAUGAAGGUUUCGUUAGAGCAGCACGAAUGCAGGGCAUUGAGUGUACCGUCUUCUUACAUGAACCAAGAUCUCUCUCUGAAAUCAAAGAACACUAUGCUAAAGAAAUCGAUAAAUUUUGAUAUUAAUUAUAUAUUUUUAUUUAUACCAUAAAAACAUAAAAUAUUGCAUUAAAUGUUCAGUUUUUUAAUAUUUAUCAAAGUAUUUUUUUUCUUUAUUAUAUGAUAAAAUUUUGGAAUUAGACAAUGAUUAAUUAUUACUGUUAUACUUAUUAUAGAAAAAGGAUUUAGAUAUGGUCUUGUAUUUUAGACAUCGUCGAUCGUCUAUUCAUCGCCUAUUGUAUCUAAAUCUUUUUCAAAAUCUGCAAUAAUAAAUAACAUUUAUAUCCUGUAAAAAUGUAUAAAUUUUCUGAAAAAAAAAAAAAAGAUAAAUAAAAAGUAUUAAUAAUAAAGUAGAUAAUACCAUCAA